AUGAGGCUGGGAGGCCCCUCCCCGCUGCCGGAGGACACGCCGCGCAAAAAGGAUCGCGCAGCCUUGCCGCGAGAACGGGAUCGCCACAGACGCGGAAACACUCCAGAAGGAGAGAACGGAGAUGCAGCGAGACGAAAACGGAGGAAAACCGUGUGUGGCGAGGGUGUACCUACACCUUCGAAGACGCGGCUUUACUGGAACGCAGUUUUCGAGGAGACGGCAGAGUCUCAGUACUUCAUUUCUUCGCGGCGCGUGCGGCAACUCGUCGAGGAGUUGCUGCUGAGAACGCCCGGCGCGCCCGCGAGCUCGGCCGAGUCGCAGAACCUCCUUGAGGCUCUCGUCUCGCUUUCCGUCUUUGGAGACGCGAAGCAGCCACACGCGCUCGCUGCAGGCGGGCCAUUCGUCCCCAGACGCGCUCGCACGGCUUCCCUCGUGGAACUCAUGUGCGGCGGCCGCGGCAACCAGAUCUCGUUCCUGUCUCCCCUCUCGCCGCUCUUUCGCGCCUAUGUUGGCAUCGACGUGUCCGACCGAGCCCUCUCUCUCUCACGUUCUGCCUCGUCUCCUGCCUCAUCGUCUUCUCCCUCUUCGCCUUCGUCUCCCUCGUCUUCUUCUUCUCCCCCUUCGUCUUCGUUUCGCUGUCCUUCUCUUUGUUCCUCUGCGGCUUCCUCCGCGGCAGGCUUGUCGCGCACCGAAGCGCUGGAGAAGGCGAAUAAAUGCCGGUUUCUGCUGCAAGAUUGCGCGUCUCUGGGCGACGACUUGCCGCUCUUAAAGACGGCGUUUGCGCUCCUCAUCGCCGGACUGGACGACCUCCUCGUGCGAAAUUCCUCCGACUUUGGCGAAGAGGCCGAAGGCGCCGAGGAGGUCGAUGCGGUCCUCGCCUCUGCCGGCGCUGUGCUGUGCGUCGGCGGGCGCCUCCUCGUGCUCGAACCCACCCGCCACCUUCCCGAUCUCCUCCUCGCCGUCACGAAGGCCCUGUUGUCUCCCUCGGGCGCUGCGCGGUUUCUUCAGCUUGCACGCGUCGCGGUUGCCGACUCGGUCGUCGCCUUUCUCUUUCGGCGCGAAUCGGCGGCCUUUGCGGGCGAGCGGAGUAUCGAGGCGCUCCGCGCGUUCUACGCCAGGCACAUCCGACCGCUCGCGGCGCUUCCGGCUCUAGGACUGGACGCGUCUCGCCUAGACGUCGACGACUUGCGAACGCGCCUGCCUCUAGUACAGCACCUCGCGAGGAUUCAGGCCACGGCCGAGCUCUCGUUUCUUCUUCUCCAGCACGGCGGAGAUCCUUCCUUGGUGAACGAGGACGGUCUGAGAGCUGAGGACAUCCUCGCGAACGCAGCGAGGCAGCGGCUGCUCGAGCAGCAGGCAAGUCGCCCUCUUCGCCCCGCCGGAGACCCAAACGGCGGAACGACGCGCGAAGGAAAGCUGCGCAACUCACGCCAAGGCAGCGCGCGAGACGCCCGGCGACUGGAAACAGCCGCGCAGGCAAACCGUGACGCGCCAGCAGAAACUGCAGCAGGCGAAGCAGGAGAAAAACGGGAAGCAGGUGCGCGCGAGGGAAACAGUGGCCGAGAGACGGUGGGGAGAGGCGUCGCAAGAUACGCGUCGGCCGCUCGACGUGGAACAGGCAAAUCCACGGGCGGCGAUGCCGCUGAUUUCGGUUGGACACGGUCACUCAUUCCUUCUUCUGACGAGGAGACGGAACGUCCGUCUGCUCGGCCCUCUUGGCGAGAACGCUGCGGCGGCCCUCAAGAAGACGACGGGAGUUUCGUUUUGCCACCGGACGUCGCGCGUCUCACAGGCAAGUCGGACGAUGUAAGAGAGCGUGACUUGCGAAAUGUGGCGCUCCUGUCGUGGCUCGGCGCGGCCGUCGCGCGAGAAGACCGGAAAAUCGCGGGGGAUGACGCGAAACACGAAGCCAGUGAGACUCUGGAGGAAGAGGAAGAGACCGGAGACUUUCUCGAGCUCCUUGCCGCGGAAUUCAACGGACCGCUCGUUUGGCCAUUCGUCAACCCGAUCGAAGUGAUCGACGCUUGCCAUCGGCGCUUCCCGCCUCUCGAGGGUCUCUACGGGGCUCGUCCCCGUUAA